AUGGCUGAUGAUCUGGAGCAGCAGCCUCAAGGCUGGCUGAGUAGCUGGCUGCCGGCUUGGCGCCCCACUUCGAUGUCUCAAUUGAAGAAUGUGGAAGCCAAGAUCCUCCAGUGUCUCCAGAACAAGUUCCUGGCCCGGUAUGUGUCGCUCCCAAACCAGAACAAGAUCUGGACGGUGACCGUGAGCCCCGAGCUCAGAGACCGCACCCCCUUGGUGAUGGUGCAUGGCUUUGGGGGCGGCGUGGGCCUCUGGAUCCUCAACAUGGAUUCACUGAGCGCCCGCCGCACACUGCACACUUUUGAUCUGCUCGGCUUCGGAAGAAGCUCCAGGCCGACAUUCCCGAGGGACCCUGAAGGGGCCGAGAAUGAGUUUGUGAUGUCAAUAGAGACGUGGCGGGAGACCAUGGGGAUCCCCAGCAUGAUCCUCCUAGGACACAGUCUGGGAGGAUUCCUGGCCACUUCUUACUCGAUCAAGUACCCUGAAAGAGUUAAACACCUCAUCUUGGUGGAUCCAUGGGGCUUUCCCCUCCGGCCGACUGACCCCAGUGAGAUCCGUGCACCCCCGACCUGGUUCAAGGCUGUGGCCUCUGUCCUAGGGCGUUCCAACCCACUGGCUGUCCUUCGAAUAGCUGGGCCCUGGGGGCCUGGCUUGGUGCAGCGAUUCCGACCAGAUUUCAAGCGCAAGUUUGCAGACUUCUUUGAAGAUGAUACUAUAUCAGAGUAUAUCUACCAUUGCAACGCACAGAACCCCAGUGGUGAGACGGCCUUCAAAGCCAUGAUGGAGUCCUUCGGCUGGGCCCGGCGCCCAAUGAUAGAACGAAUUCACUUGAUUCGAAAAGAUGUGCCCAUCACCAUGAUCUAUGGGUCCAACACCUGGAUAGACACCAGUACAGGGAAAAAGGUGAAGCUGCAGCGGCCGGAUUCCUAUGUCCGAGACAUGGAAAUUGAGGGUGCGUCGCACCAUGUCUACGCAGACCAGCCGCACAUCUUCAAUGCGGUGGUGGAAGAGAUCUGUGACUCGGUUGAUUGA